AUGGAACCUCUCGAAGGCAAUGUUUUUGCUGUUGAAGCCCUUUUGAAAGAGCGAAAACGCAAGGGCAAAAUCGAGUACCUGGUGAAAUGGAAGGGAUGGGGAAAUAAACACAACACUUGGGAACCUCGUGAGAAUGUUUUGGAUGAUCGACUUUUUGAGGAGUUCCAGAAACAGAAGCAGAAGAACAAGAAACGAAGUUCAAGUGGGAGUACAAGCAAAAAGUCGGAGACGACCACGCCACCAAAGAAAAAACCGCGACGAUUGGCCGGUGGUGACAUACGAGAUGAGAGCAGCGAAAGCAGCGAACAUGAUGAGGAGAUUGGCUCACCGUCGACAUCAACGGUAGCGAAAGAUGAUAAGAACUCAGAUGUCGACCAAAGUUUCGUGUCAGAUGAGCGGUCAGAAGCAGCCGAUCUGCCAUCGGAACGUGAAGAACCACGCUCUGAGGAUACCGCCGAAGCAGCUACACCCGUGUCUGAAUCACGUCGUCCCGAUCCAAAGGCAAUGUCGUGGCGUAUCGUAGCACGACAACGACACGUUGUCAUACCAAUUUGUUUCCGGUUACGGAGAAUCGCAGCAGUCUCACAGCCAACGCUCAGCGUAAAUGACCUGGAGUCUUCCAAGGACAAAGCUGGACCAUCUGGUGACAAGAAGCGAGGCGCCGUAAAAGAAACUAAAGAGGGCGAUGAUGCAGAACAGACCGGCGAGUGUUCAGUAGAUGCGUCAGAGGCAGCGGUGGCCGUAGGUGAUCAACGUAUGCUCCGACAGCUUACGGAGCAGGAUUACCUAGUUGGUCAUGUGACAUCGAUAAUGGAGCCGGGCAAGGACGGAACAGUGAAGGAGAAAGCAUUCAUUGCGGGCGGUACGAGUCACCCAGAAGGUCUCCAGCAGAUUCAGCUCUGCGAGAACGACGAGAAGAGACUCCGAAUCGAGGCCAUCAAGAAUGAGAUCAGAUCGGAGACGAUUUCGUGGACAAAUCCAGAGCGUCCAUCGGAGCCAUUUCAAUAUCACGGCAGUAUCACGAUAACAGAUGUGACUGUAAACGGUCAAACCUGCCAGUUCAUAGAACUUUAG